AUGGAGAAAGCGUUCACCUCUUUUCUCUUAACUUCCUUGUUGCUUCACUAUGUUAUGGCUAGUUCAGCCAUGACCAAAACCAACAUUACUACUGAUCAACUGGCUCUUUUUACACUGAAAUCCCAAAUCGUUUCAGACCCCUUUCAUUUCUUGGAUGAAAGUUCGUCUUUCGCUACGUCCGGCCAGAUACCAAAAGUGAUUGGAAACCUUAGAGAAUUAAAGUUGAGGGGUAACAAUCUCAUAGGCUCUAUUCCUCUGUCGCUCUCAAAUGCCUCAAGGUUGGAGACUUUAGAUAUAUCUUAUAAUUCACUUCAAAGAAACAUUCCAGAAGAGAUUGGCAAUCUUCACAACAUGAAAGUUCUAUCCAUACAAGAUAAUCAAAUUACGGGUUCUAUACCUUUCAUAAUUUUCAAUAUUUCUAGAAUUGAAGUCAUUGCAUUUAGUGGUAAUAGCUUAUCAGGAUAUCUACCCUACGGUUUAUGCAAUGGUCUCCCAACACUCAAAGGGCUAUAUUUAUGGAAAAACAAGCUUUGCGAUCAUAUGCCUACAGGUUUGUCGAAUUGUUCACAACUUCAAAUUUUGGCUUUACCGGAUAAUGAGUUUGGUGGACCAAUGCAUAGUGAAUUUGGAAGACUGAUUAACUUACAGAUAUUAGAACUCGGAAUGAACCGGAUAAUUCCACAAGAAAUUGAAAAUCUUGUUAAUUUGGUAGAGUUAGCUAUGGAGAAAAACCAGAUUACCGGCUCGGUCCCGAUCUCCAUAUUCAAUAUCUCAUUGUUUUUUGGUGGUUCACUCCCAAUGGAGAGCUUCAACAUAUCAGGGCUGAGAGUAAUUGAUCUUACAAACAACAAUCUAUCUGGAAGCCUCCCACCAAACAUGGGUUCUAUCUUACCCAACAUUGAAGAGCUUUAUAUGGACAACUUAACCAAUCUUGUUGGGACUAUUCCUCAUUCCAUCUCCAAUUGUUCAAAACUUACUAUUCUAGAGUUCUUAAGAAACAAACUCAUAGGCUUGAUUCCCAACUCACUUGGAUAUUUGACUCAUCUACAGUAUCUAAAUUUAGGGGGAAACAAUUUAACCAGGGACUCAUCAUUAAGCUUCCUAACCUCCUUAGCCAAUUGCAGAAAAUCAACAACUCUAGCUCUAUAUUUGAAUCCUCUAAACGGCAUACUUCCUGCCUCCGCGGGGAACCUUUCCACAUCUUUGAGAACAUUUGUUGCCUACAGUUGUAAGAUCAAAGGGAGAAUUCCAAAUGAAUUUGGGAACUUAAGCAGCUUAUUAGACCUUGAUCUUUCAGCAAACAGCUUGGCUGGAUCGAUUCCCCCAACAAUUGGCAACUUGAGAAACCUUCAGCGCUUCAACUUGAGUAACAACAAACUUAAAGGAUUUAUUGGUGAUGAUAUAUGUAAAUUGCAGCAUUUGGGUGAUAUUUACUUGGGUCGAAAUCAAUUUUCAGGAUCACUUCCUAACUGUUUAGGGAAUAUUACUAUCCUUAGGGAGAUACAUCUGGGUUCCAAUAAAUUGAGUUCCAAUAUACCACCAAGCUUAGGGAACAUUCUAGAUCUAGUGGUUUUUGACUUAUCGUCAAACAACAUGGCAGGUUCUUUAACUCUAGAAAUUGGAAAUCUAAUGGCUGUGACACUGAUAGAUCUGUCAAUGAAUAAAUUUUCAAAUAGAAUUCCAAGAGAAAUUGGAGGAUUGCAGAAUCUGGCACACCUUUAUUUGAGACACAAUAAGUUGCAAGGAGCUAUACCUGACUCAAUGAGCAACACGGUAGGUUUGGAAUUCCUAGAUCUUUCUCAGAACAAUGUAUCUGGAAUCAUUCUUAAGUCUUUGGAGAAACUUCAAAACCUCAAGUAUUUCAAUGUUUCUUUCGAUAAAUUGUAUGGUGAAACACCCUCGGGAGGUCCUUUAAAGAACCUCUCGAGUCAGUUUUUCAUCUACAAUGAAGCAUUGUGUGGGUCUUCAAGAUUUGGUGUCCCUCCAUGCCCCACUUCAUCAAAGCAUAGAUCUAAUAGGAAAAAAGUUCUUGUUGUUUUUCUUUUGCUGGGAAUUGCACUAGUAUUUGUUCCUAGCAUCUUUGUGUUUUUAUGGAUAAGCGAUAGUAAUCGGAUUGGUUCCGGAAGUUUUGGCUCUGUUUACAAAGGCGUUCUCAGAAGUGGAACUGCUAUUGCAUUUAAAGUGUUCAAUCUGCAACUAGAUGCGCCAUUCAAGAGCUUUGAUACAGAAUUUGAAGUUCUGUGCAGCCUUCGCCAUAGGAUAAUCUCGUAA